AUGGCUGAAGAGGACCGACAGAACUGCGAGGAGGUGCACGCAGAGCCGGAACCACAGGUGGAAGAACCCAAGAAAAGCGGCGACGAGGGCGAGAAGCCGACAGGGCAAAACCGGUCCGCAAAACGCAAGCAGGAGAACCGCAGCCGCCGUCGGCAUCACGGGCUGCGGACGGAGAGCUCCAGUCAUCAUCACCACUAUCAUCCGUCGCAGAUGCACGCCAGUAUGGACACUCCCUACUACCAACCAGUUAUUGACCCCAACCCGUUUGCGCCAAGAUCUAGGAGCCCGGAGUAUGCCACUCCGCAGCUGAACCCUUCGAAUCCUUUCGCCCCGAUAGCACCCGACCCGUCAGACUAUGGCUACAGUCCGGGCUCGCAGACUGGGUUUAACGCUUCGCGGCCGGGUCCUAGCCCGUUCGCACCAGGCUACCCGCCCGGCGGCGCCGGCGGUUACCCGUCAAGGAAAGAUCCCCGUCCGGGGAUGUAUCGCUCCGGGACCGCCCCGUCGACAUACCCGCCUGAUCCGAAUUACCACAAGCACCACUCUUCCAAGCACUCCCACAGCCGAAGCAAGCCUUCCCACCCGACGUCCUACUACUCGCCGCGCCACCGGCCGCCGAAGCGGGCCAACUCGUCGCCGGACAACGUCCAGGACGAGAUCGACAGGCUGCAGGAGGACCUCGAGUCACUCAAGCUGUGGCAGGCGGAGAAGAGCGAUGUCAGCGCGGAAAAGGCGCGACGGCAGGCCGCCGAGCGCGAGGUGCGAGAGCUGAGGCACAAGCUCAAGCGUGAGAGGGAGAAGGGCUCGCGCUCCGAGGGCGAUCAUGACGACUUCGGGCUCAGCGAGCGAGAGUUGACGACUUUGAGGGGUCUGCUUGAGCGCUACCGGGGUCCGCCUCCGAGGGGUGGUGGCCUUCUCACGCAAGAUGCGAGGCCGCUGACGGAUGCGAAUCCGUUCCUACAACAGCCUGGAGGGGACAGUUGGAGGGGACCGCAGGACUGGGAUACGCUCCAGCGUCUCCGAGGGUCAUAUACCGGAGGCUUGCCGCCACCACCGGAGAGUUAUAGAGGCGGCGCACCGAGCGACGUCACUGCCGCUGGCUCGACGAUGACCAGGAGCCAAGUCGAACAGGUCUUGAUGAUAAUGGACGUCCUGGAGCGCAGGAGUAUGAGUGGUGAGUCAGCUCGAUCACCACCGCGACAGCUGGGACAAUAUGAUGACUCGUGGACUACAUUCUCUGACCCUCAAAGGCCACGCACUCUAGGGGGUCCGUAUCCGGCGGCGGCAGCGGCAUAUCGGGGACUGGGAUCGGAUCCGGGCCGCGAGUACCUUCCGGGCCGCGGCAUGAUGCCUAUGGGCGACCCUUGGAAGAUCCAGCCUCGUACACGACCACGCGCAGCGCGGGACCCGCAACCCGGAGGUGACCUGCGGGCGCCGGACGCAGCGCGUCUCCAGGCGCGCUUUGACUUCAACGACACUUCCUCGUCUCAUCCGGAUCAGAGGCUCGACGAUGAUAUUGGCGAGGCAGAGUACCUUGACGAGCUACAGGAAGCGACAAGGCCAAACGCGCAGCACGAGCCAGCUCGGUUCGUCUUAUCUCAUGGCAGGCUGCGCAGGGAUCCCAAUGAACACCGCGGAGGGCCUGUUCCUCCGGAGGCACCGGAGGCGCCGGCAACUGGAGAGGCGCAUCCGGAGCCCAACGCGGCGCAACGGCGUUCACGACGUGCGCCAUCUCAGGGCACGGCGGCGCGCGAUCAGUAA